GUAUCUUGAACGUCUAAAAAUCAAACGGGAGAUGAGACCAGAUAAACCCGCACGCAUCGGCACGCCGUUAUUCGCGCGCGCCGACGCCGACGCCCACGCGCCCACUGCGGUCUCCGCGCUCUCCUCCGUCCUCGCGCGCGUCAGUCGCUCCGCUCGCGGCGUCCGCCGUCUUCAGGCAGGGCUGUGAAUCGAGCCGCGCGUCCCUCGCUUCGGAGCCGCUCAGAAGGGUGGGGUUGCUCGAUUGCGCCUGCUCGCGGAGUCCGGGGGGUGUGUGCUGCCCCGAUGGUUUAAAUCCUACACAUGCGUACUGGAUUUCGGGGUUCAAGGCGAUAGGCUACGCCAUAUUGGAAACACUGUGUAGUUUAGCUAACAGUUUAUCGCUAGCGGGGGAAAAGGGCCACCGAUCGAUUCCCGUUGGUCGCGGCGCUCGGCACGUCGUUGUUUUUCCCCGUGGUUUCGCGCGGCCCCGUUCGCAGGCCCGUCCUCGCGGUCCGGACCCAAACUUAUCCGCUGAACGGGGGGAAAGGCGUUCGUUCGUUUGACAGGGCUGUUAGAAAGACGAGUUGAAUGGAUCCGAGGGUCGCUUGGAUUCAGCCGGAACAGAAAGGUCCCGCGAACGCUUUAUGGAUGCGUGUGUGGGAGACGUCUCAGGUAAACCGGACUAACACGGGUCAGCACCAGAACCACCACCACCACAACCUCUGUGUCAAUUCCCCGGCGUUUGACGCUUACAAGACUGUCGCGUCCAAUGCGAACAACGGCGCUAACGUUAAAAACGCCGGCUCUGCGAUCUCGAGCGGCGGCGGCUCCGCGGCGCUCUCGUUAAAUGGAAACACGGGAGACGGCGAAAUGACCCAGAAGAGCGGCUCGGUGGCGGAUCCGGCGUCCGGCUGCCCUAAAAUAAGGACUACAAGCCCUAAUACGAUAGCUGGGAAUAUGAACAAGGGGCACCCGGUUUUUACUUGCAGCGAGAGCGUGCUGAAUAACGUCAACCACCAUCAUCACCCUCCUCAUCCUCAUCUACGGCAUUUCCAUCAAGAGCAGCAGCAGCAGAGUUGCAUCAAGCGCCACCCGUCCCAUCCGGCAGCGGUUCACAGCCACCACCACCACCACCAUCACCCGGGCCGGAGGAAAAGCGACAAUAAGGCCAGCACCUACGGGAUAAACUACCUGAUCUCCAACUGCACUAACGGCAAUUACGACAACUCCGGCACGCCGUGGAAGACGAGGAAAUAUAACGCGGGGGUUGACGGGUUGCAUGAAGAAAUCAUGGACUUCUACAAUUUCAUGUCUCCUCGUCCUGAGGAGACCACAAUGAGACAGGAGGUGGUGGACAGGAUAGAGUCUGUCAUAAAGGAGUUGUGGCCGACCGCCGACGUGCAGAUCUUUGGCAGCUUCAGCACUGGACUCUUUCUCCCAACCAGUGACAUUGACCUGGUGGUGUUUGGGAAAUGGGAGAAACCUCCCCUGCAGCAGCUGGAGCAAGCGCUCAAGAAACACAAUGUGGCAGAACCUUAUUCCAUCAAAGUUCUUGACAAAGCUACGGUACCAAUCAUCAAAUUGACCGAUCAGGAGACCGAGGUGAAAGUGGACAUCAGUUUUAACGUGGAGACGGGCAUCAAAGCUGCUAGCUUCAUCAAAGAAUAUGUGAAGAAGUAUACCGUGCUGCCUUAUUUAAUCUUAGUGCUGAAGCAGUUCCUGCUGCAGCGAGACCUCAACGAAGUCUUCACGGGAGGAAUCAGCUCCUACAGUCUCAUCCUGAUGGUCAUCAGCUUCUUACAGUUACACCCAAGAAUCGAUGCUAGGAAUCCCAACAUGAACCUUGGCAUUCUGCUCAUUGAGUUCUUCGAGCUGUAUGGAAGGCACUUCAACUACCUGAAGACGGGCAUCAGGAUAAAGAACGGAGGAGCCUACAUGGCUAAAGAGGACAUCAUGAAGGCCAUGAGUAAUGGCUACCGGCCCUCCAUGCUCUGUAUCGAGGACCCUCUUCUUCCAGGUAAUGACGUGGGCAGAAGCUCGUAUGGUGCCAUGCAGGUGAAGGAGACUUUUGACUAUGCGUAUAUAAUACUGGGUCACGCCGUUUCACCUCUCGCACGUUCUUACCCCAAUAAAGACAGCGACAGCACUUUGGGACGCAUAAUUAAAGUCACCCAGGAAGUCAUCAACUACAGGGAGUGGAUCAUAAAGAAGUGGGGAUGCAGACACAAUGCUCGUCUUGAGAGGAGCAAGGGUCCACCUCAUAAAGACUCGGUGGAGCAGGUGGAGACGGGCACACUUCUGGGCGUCGGUGUGGAGGACCAGCAGCAGAGGGACUCGGUGUCUCCUCACAGCGCAGACUCCCCCAUGUCCCUCUCCAGCCCUCAGCAGCACUCCUCCGCCUCUUCUGCGUCCUCGCUGUCAGGCAGUGAUAUCGACUCUGACUCCACACCGUAUGUCGCUCCACCUGUAGCCCCCUUCCCUCUCCAGAUCCUGCCGCCAGGUCCCCUGCCAGCAGCGCUUCAGAUGGCCGAGGGCAAAGCCAGCAUCACGGCAGCACUCACCAUGCCUCCGGCUGCCCAGGCGAGAGUGUCCAUCCCAGGCGGUCUUUCUGUCCACGGUCUACCUGGCAGACAGGUGUGUAUGGCAGACGGACCACCCCCAUACCUCCACAUGCCCUCCCAAGCUCCCCCCAGCCCUCUACCCAGUCCCCAUCACCAUCCCAAGUGGAAGUCAAUGGGAUCCAGAACUAUCAUCUUUUGUGUCCCACAGACGACAGACAGUCAUACAGGUUUGCAACAACAUGGUGACAGGUCCCAAGUUCCCGCUGAAGGGUUUCCACAACCCCGCCGUGGUGCACAGUCCCGUCCUUUCCAACCGAAGCCACAUCCAGUACAACCGCAACACCUGGCGCCGCAGGAAGAGAGACAGCCUGCCGGCCAGCGUCAGCAGAUAAAGGCGUCGCGCCUGCCCUCCCGAAGCUCCCUGUCCUCUCCUCGCUCCCUCUUCCACCCUUCCGGUCCCGUCUUGAAACGAUGAACUCGCUGAUGGCGCGAGCACAGAGAGACCAGCGUCUGCAACCCAGCUCCUCGUUCAGUAGUUGUGGUGAUGGUGGUGCUAAGUAGUUCAGUCUGCCACUGAAUCUCUGCAUGUAUAUGUCGAGUCCUUUUUUUGGGGGUUUUUUCGACCUGUGCAAUCUUCCCGAGGAAGCUUCGAGAACAGGAACUGUCGUUUUCUUUUGUGUUUUGAUCGUUUACCCCACAACUUCCUUGUUGACAGGUUAAGCUUUUUUUUUUGUAUGUGCGUGCGUCUGUCUGUUUCAUGCUCCGUUUUGUGGUUUUCACAUUUUCUAAACGUGACACCCUUCACGCGUGGGACGAACUGGAUUCAGUGGAUUCGAAGCGUGUGUGUUUUGUGUGUGUGUUUGUUGUAUCGGGGUGUAUGUCUGUGUAACGCUGGCUAUGAAUCCUGCACUCGAGAUGCUUACAGAGAUCCCCACCUUACUGUAACCAUCACGCAAACGUUUCUUUCUUUUUUUGUGCAAUAACUUCACUCUGGAAACAUUUAAUUUUUUCUUUCUUUUUUUUGUUUUUGUAAAAACUUUUAUUUUUGUAAUGUUUUUAAUUUCGCUCAUCGUUUACAGAUCCUGUCAGACAGGCUCCUUAAAGGGAAAAAGUCUGUUUUAAAACUGUUUUUGAGAGUUUAUAUUCCCUCUUCUUGGCGUGAGCUGCACCUGGACGAGAGCGAGUUGAACCCGGCCUGCAGGUGUCGCCGUUUCCCAGCUUUGCGUUGAGCUUCAGCGUCUCUGUCGCUUUUAUUUGUCUCGUUCAUCUGUAAGGUUGUAGUUUUGUGGCAUUGAGGCUUUAGGACAUGGAUUUGACCGAGAACCGACCGACUGAAAAACUCAAGCCCUUAGUCUGUACGCGCUUUCAUUUAUAUAUAUAUAUCUAUAUAUGUGUGUGUGUGUGUGUGUGCGAGUGUGUGUGUGUGUGUGUGUGUGUGUGUGUGUGUGUCCUUUUUAAAUCGCUCUAGGUAAGUGUGAGACGUGAAUUAUUUUAGGGAAGCUGUCACGACCGUGCGAGCGGACUCCAGAUCAGUGCAGCUUUAUGCAAGGGGCCCUAUCCGGACCUUCUCGACUCUUCUGAGCGGGCUCCCGAAUCAGACUAUAGCGGAGAAAGGGAAUUUAUUUUGAUUCCUUUCUGGAAUCUUGACGUGCAUUUAUUGCCAGGUACUUGCGCUAAUACAUGCCUUUUUGGUAAUUACCUAUUCCCGUACUGUACUGUAUUGUAUUUUUUUUGGGGGUUCUGUUUGUAUGUAUGUGGCACACUAAAACUGUAUCGCCGUCGCUCAGAACGUCGCAGGCAUGCAGGUCACUGUUACUAUGCAAGCGGGGUUUUGAAGACCUCUCUUCCCGCGCGUCCCUCGCGCGGCUCGUAAAUCUCGUCAAAGCGCGCGCGUCGGAGGACCCCAGGCCCCCGUAUGCAAGUCCAGUCCGGUUUCGGAGGAGGAAAAACCGCCGGACGUCUUGUCUGGGGGUUUUUGGAUUAUUUUUUUUUUCCUUUUUGCGGAGCGGAUAUUUUCUCCUGGAGAAUAAACCUAUUUUACUGCUGUUGCAACACUACAACCAUGACUUUCAAGUCCGUAUGGGACGACUUUGAUUGAUUGCCACGAACUUGCGUGACACGUUUUACAAAGUCAGAUCCGAUGCGGAGACCACGGAUUGUCCUUGCGACCCCUGACUCACCCGCCUAUCAAUGCAAUGGGGGCAAAUAGCAGUCUCUGC